AAUUUUUGAGAACCCAAAGCUUUAAGCCCAUCUCAACCAAAGAGAAUUCAAUAAAAAACCCAUCUAAGUUUUUUAUUUUACUUACCCUUUACCCACUUCUCUCUCUCUCUCUAUUUCUAAAUUCUACAUCUCCCACUCUCUCUUCCCCAAAACCCUAGAAUUUAGAUAUAUAUAUUUUUCAUUUUUCACCCCAAGCUGUAAAAAAAAAAGAUAUUCCGGGAAACCAAACUACCACCAUGUUGGAAAUCUCAACUGUGCCGGAGAGCAAUACCGCUACUACUGGCAACCGGGAGAACGAUGAGGGUGGUGGGUCGGUGUCGGUUGGGUCUGGAGAGGAAGAGAGAGUUGGUGGUGGAGCUGAAGAGGGUGGCGACCGGAGCUUCGGCGGUAACCGGUGGCCGAGGCAAGAGACUUUGGCUAUGCUCAAGAUAAGGUCUGAAAUGGACGAUGCCUUCAGAGACGCUUCUUCCAAAGCUCCUCUCUGGGAAGAGGUUUCCAGGAAAUUAGCUGAGCUUGGGUAUAAUCGAAGUGCCAAGAAAUGCAAGGAGAAGUUUGAGAACAUUUACAAGUAUCACAAGAGGACCAAGGAUGUCCGGUCCAGCCGACCCAAUGGCAAGGCUUAUAGGUUUUUCGAGCAAUUACAGGCUUUAGAUGGUCACACACAACUUCCUUCUCCUUCCCCGGAGAAAAUUCCGGCUUCUUUGGCUGAAACCACGAUGGUGGUAAGGACAGUGGAGCCUAGGAAUGUUGUUCAGAAUGCAAUCCCACAUUCUAUCAUUCGAAAUGGAAAUUUAGCGGAGAACUACACUCCAACCACGUCGUCAUCCAGUAAAGAAUCGGAAGGGAUGAGAAAGAAGAAGAAGAAGUUGACAGAGUAUUUUGAGGAUUUGAUGAAGGAAGUGAUAGAGAAGCAAGAGAAUUUGCAAAGGAAGUUUAUAGAUGUAUUGGAGAAGUGUGAGCAAGAUCGUAUAGCAAGAGAAGAGGAGUGGAAGAUUCAAGAAUUGGAUAGGAUUAAGAGAGAACGGGAGCUUUUGGUUCAAGAAAGAUCAAUUGCCGCAGCUAAGGAUGCAGCCGUGCUUGCAUUCUUGAAGAAGUUUUCUGAGCAAGCAAGCUCAGUGCAAUUUCCUGAGGAGGCGAUAAUGGUCACAAUACCAGUGGAGAAAUUUGUGGAGAGGCAAGAAAAUGAUAAUGGUGGAAAUGUUAUGGACAAGCAAGAAAAGCAAAAUGGUGAGAAUGUUUUGGAUAGGCAAGAAGAUGACAAUGGUGGGAAUAAUUUGGAGAGGCAAGAAAAUGAUAAUGGUGAGAAUUCUAUUCAGAUAAGCUCAGGUCGAUGGCCUCAGAUGAGUUCAGCUCGAUGGCCUAAAGAUGAAGUUGAAGCCUUGAUUAAGCUGAGGACUAAUCUUGAUUUUCGGUAUCAAGAAAAUGGGCCAAAAGCACCUCUAUGGGAGGAGAUAUCAUUGGCAAUGAAAAAGCUUGGUUAUGAUAGGAAUGCAAAGAGGUGUAAAGAGAAGUGGGAGAAUAUAAACAAGUACUUCAAAAGGGUAAAAGAAAGCAAUAAGAAAAGGUCUGAUGAUUCAAAAACAUGUCCUUAUUUUCAGCAGCUUGAUGCUUUGUAUAGUGGGAAGACUAAGAAGGUUGAAAAUUCCGUUAAUUCUGGUUGCGAGUUGAAGCCUGAGGAGCUUUUGAUGCAUAUGAUGAGUGGACAAGAAGAGAGACAAAGGACGGAGUCACUAACGGAAGAUGGUGAGGGAGAAAAUGUUAAUGAGAUUGAAGGAGAUAAGGAAGAUGAAGAUGGGGAUAACUAUCAAGUUGUAGCAAGUGAUCCUUCUUCAACGGCAAAUUUGGGCUGAGAAGACAUGGUGGGAACCCGUUCUGUGAGAACUGAAGUUGGUGUGCUUAUUUUUGGAAUGUGGGUCAGGGUCAUUACUGAGGCUACCCCACGGCAGUGUAGGUGAAAUUUGUGGUGCUGAGAAAUUCAUUGUGAUAUCUUAUGGGAAACGGCAUCUUCUAUCUAUGUAGUAUAUGUUCAUCAUUAGUUGAUAAAGAAGAGAGAGAGAGAGAGAGAGUGGAAUAAGUAAAUUUAGGAGGCUAGUGUGUAAUUUAAUACAGCUUUCUUUUGAAAGUUCACACCCCCAUGUGUGCAAAAGUAAAAAAUGGUUGGUUGUAUUUGUUUGUAUUAAUAGAGACUAGCAUAAGCAAUGAUGCAACAGUUGUAGCUGCCUUUUCAUUAUUUGGUUAAACAAGUGAUUAUAUCACUCGUGGGCGAGCAAUAAUGUAAUGAUUGACAAAGGACGAUAAAGCAAAUCACUUUUUCUUUGAUUAA